AUGGGACAUGUUGAAGGUAAGUCAUCGGGUAGCAUUCACGAACAACUAUCUUCAAGCCAUAAAUUGAUUGUUGAAAAGAAUAGAAAAUAUAUAAAAACUCUUAUUGAAAUAACCUUAUUUUUGGGAAACCAAGGACUGGCUUUCAGAGGGCAUGAUGAAUCUAAACUUUCUUCAAAUAAAGGAAAUUUUAAAGAAACAUGUGAUUUACUGGCAAAAAAUUGCCCUGAAUUUGAAGAAAAGUAUAGCAACACUACUAAUUUCACCAGUCAUUUAAUUCAAGAUGAAUUGGUAAACUUAUCUGCAGCAAGAAUUCGGUCCAAAAUAACCCCGGAAAUAAAAUGUAAUAAAGUAUUUGGAAUUAUGAUUGAUGAAGCAAGAUGUUUUAAGGAAGAACAGAUGUCUGUAUGUGUUGGAUACACUGUUGGUCUAAAUGUUGUUGAACGUUUUCUGGGUUUUGUAGACGUUUCAGAAAAUCAAAAUGCCGAAUCAUUAUGUGCUAAAAUAUUUGAAUUCCUUACUGAGAACCAAUUGGAUAAAUAUCACAUUGUAGCACAAUCAUAUGACGGCGCCAGUGUCAUGUCUGGCAAAUUUAAUGGUGUUCAAUCCAAAGAAACUAGAAUUGUUUUCAACACAAUAGAAUCAUUGUAUAAGCACUUUUAUCAUCCUACUAAAAAUAAAACUCUAGUUACUAUGCAGAGGAAAUUAGGAAUUAAAAUAUCAAAAAUAAAUUCUCUGAGUGAUACAAGGUGGAAUUGUAGAUGGAAAAACUGUGAGUCAGUUAUAAACAAUUAUGAAGCAAUUAUUGCAGUUUUGCAAGAAGAAAUAGAUAAUCAACUGGACCGUAAUGCAAAUGAAGCUAUUGGUAUACUUUCAAUAAUGCAAAAAGGGUCAUUUGUUGUUUUUCUAUUCAUUUUGCAACAUGUAUUAUUCUCUAUAAAUAUACUGAGCAACAAGUUUCAAGACAAAGCUGCUACAUUGGGUGAAGCGGCUAAUCUAAUAAACAAAGUAAUACUAAGUUUUGAGAAUGCUAGAUCUACCAUUGGAUUUACAUCUAAGCGAAUAAGACGUGAACCCAAUGUUUUUGAAGAUUUCAUUCUAACAACUACUACUGCCGCAGAAUCAUUUCAUAAUAUUGAAACAAAUAGUACAUCAGUCGAAAAAUACUAUUUUGUAAAUGGCUAUUUUAAAAUAUUGGAUUGUAUAAUUGUCAACUUAAAGAAAAGGUUUUCAACUGAUUUAUUGGAUGUGAAAAGUAUAAGUGUUCAAUCAGAAAUGCAUGUUGUGAAGAACUACUUACAUUUAUCAAAUGACAAAAGCAGUAUUAAUUUAGAAGCUUUGACUUCAGUCCAUCACAUUGAACAAAGUAUUGAACUUACAAGUAUAGCUAAGUCAAAUGAAGCAAAAUAG